GUCCGCGAGAGAGCCCGCCUUUACACGACGAUAUACGAAUAUCGAUCAACAAUGGAUAAUUUCGAAAUUGUGGAUUUCAAUUCGCUGAGCGAAGUAGUGCAAAACCUCAUAAAAGAAGCCGUGGAAAUAAGGAAGCGUGCAUACGUGCCGUACUCGAACUUCGCUGUAGGUUCAGCGAUUCUAACUGAGGAGGACUCCAAAGUGUACACCGGAUGCAACAUAGAGAACAGUGCUCUUACACCCUGUAUAUGCGCCGAGCGCGCGGCGGUUCCAAAGGCCGUAUGCGACGGAUACUUAAAGUUCAAAAUCGUAGCUGUUGUUGCACAUCAGAAGGACAGCUUUACUGCCCCCUGCGGCGUCUGCCGACAGACUUUGAGCGAGUUCCGGGGCUCCGACGGCGAUAUAGACAUCUACCUCAGCAGACCUACCAUGGACAAAGUUCUGUGUACCAAACUAUCGCAGAUACUACCGCUCUCGUUCGUCAGUUAUAAGGAAGAUAGUGUUAUUUCGUGAAUUCGUGUUGCGCACGUUUGUGAUAAAAUAUUGUAGGUAAUGAUAUAAUUUUAUAUG